CGCCCUCCGCGGCGCAGCCGCGCAUGCGCGGGGCGGAUGUUACCGCCGCCGUUAGCGCCGCGGCUCUAUGGGGAGAACAUGGCUCCUUUCCCUGAGGAGGUGGAUGUUUUCUCGGCUCCGCACUGGCGGAUGAAGCAGCUCGUGGGGCUCUACUGCGACAAGCUAUCCAAGACCAACUUCUCCAACAACAAUGACUUUCGGGCUCUUUUGCAGUCUCUUUAUGCCACAUUCAAGGAAUUUAAAAUGCAUGAGCAGAUUGAAAAUGAGUGUAUCAUUGGUUUACUUCAGCAACGCAGCCGAACAGUGUACAAUGUACACUCGGACAACAAACUCUCAGAGAUGCUUAGCCUCUUUGAGAAAGGAUUGAAGAAUGUAAAGAAUGAAUACGAACAGCUAAACUAUGCAAAACAGCUGAAAGAGAGAUUGGAAGCCUUUACCAGGGAUUUCCUUCCUCAUAUGAAAGAGGAGGAGGAGGUUUUUCAGCCAAUGUUGAUGGAAUACUUUACUUACGAAGAACUGAAAGAUAUUAAGAAGAAAGUAAUUGCACAGCACUGCUCGCAGAAGGAAGCUGCAGAAUUAAGAGGUCUUAGUAAGUGGAAUCAAGCAGAAGAGCUUCAGAAGGUCUUUAAGUAUUCUGUGGAUGAGAAAGCAGAUCAAGAAACCGAAGUAACAGGGCACACCACAAAUAUUGCUAAUCUUCCUCCUGAAGUAAUGCUGACCAUUUUCAGUUACCUUAACCCCCAAGAGUUAUGUCAGUGUAGUCAAGUAAGCACUGAAUGGUCACAGUUGGCUAAAACUGGAUCUCUCUGGAAACAUCUUUAUCCUGUUCGCUGGGCCAGAGGUGAUUGGUAUAGUGGUCCUGCAGCAGAUCUUGAGACGGAACCUGAUGAGGAAUGGGUGAAAAAUAGAAAAGAUGAAAGUCGUGCUUUCCAGGAAUGGGAUGAAGAUGCUGACAUAGAUGAAUCUGAAGACGCAGCUGAAGAUUCACUUGCCAUUAAUAUAGCACAAAUGGAAAAACGUUUACUUCAUGGCUUAAUUCAUAAUGUCCUCCCGCAUGUAGGCUCCUCAGUGAAGACAUUAGUAUUGGCCUACAGUUCGGCAGUGUCUAGCAAAAUGGUUAGACAGAUCUUGGAGCUUUGCCCCAACUUGGAAUAUUUGGAUCUCACUCAAACUGAUAUUUCAGAUUCUGCAUUUGAAAGUUGGUCUUCAGUUGGUUAUUGUCAAAAUCUACGCCACCUUGAUCUGUCUGGAUGUGAGAAAAUCACAGAUGUGGCUAUAGAGAGGAUUUCCAGAGCACUGGGUAUCAUAUCUACUCACCAUACCAGAGGUAUUCUGAAAAGCUGCAGAAACAGGAACGUUAAGAUGCUGUGGAAAAACAGAGAGAUUACUUUGCAGUCCAACAAGAAGUAUAAUUGUUUGCAUGAAAUCAACAAUGAAAACCUAAUUGAGGGAGGAGACAGCAAGCAGCAUUGGACUAAACCUGACAGCUCAGAAAACUUUAAUUCUGCUUAUGUGUGGAUGCUAGAUGCGGAUGACUUAGCUGACAUUGAAGAUGCUGCAGAGUGGAGACACAGAAAUGUUGAAGGAUUUUGUCUUAUGGAACCAACAUCCCAUAUUAAUUGUUCUGCAUCGUGCUACAGUAGAGAAAUUUAUGGAUUAAGGACUAGAGGGUGGCAGCAGCACUGUGCUUCUACUGACUUGAUUUACUGCGGUCACUCGUUUUGUUGUGCUGGGACAGCACUAAGAACUAUUCGAGCACUUCCAGAGUCCUCUGCACUGUGUAAAAAAACAACAAGGACUAAGCAGUCAGAGAAAAAAGACUCUGCAUACUCUGGGAGUGAAAAAACAGAUGAAGAGACUGCACGAGUUCUUCAGUUUCUCAGUCUGUCUGGAUGUUUCCAGAUCACAGACCGUGCUCUCAGGGCAUUGACUCUCGGAGGCGGACUGCCACAUUUGGAACACCUUAACCUCUCGGGUUGUCUCACUGUAACUGGUGCGGGCCUGCAGGAUUUAGUUUCUGCAUGCCCUUCUCUAAAAGAUGAACACUUUUACUACUGUGACAACAUUAACGCUUAUCGGAGAUUGUUUUUGGGGAAGGAGGUAUGUUCUGGGAUCAUGUUGGAAAACCCGUCGCUCUUGCAGAACAAAAAAUGGAGCCAACAGCAUGGAAGUUAGCCGUCCUUGAAAUAAUAAAGAUACAACUGUUGUUUGUUGAUAAAUACGGGCUUUACUGUCACCUACAGCCUAUUUUUAGAUACAUUUUCUUUUUUUCUGUAAAACUGAUCCUAACAAGAGCCUUACACACAACCUCGCUGGAUUUUCGCUGUGGAGGGCUUGCUGGAUUUGUUUGAUAGGCGUAUUUUUUGCCGUUUUCAGAGUUCCGUUAAGCAUGGUGGUCUCACCAGUUUUAGUUCUAGUUUUAGUCUACUAAAAAGGUAGAGCAGCUAUGAUUAGACAGACUCAGUUGGGUCUGAGUCACAGACUGCUGUUGCCCAGCAGUAGAAUGAUGUAACUUUUUAUGAGCAGAGACCAUGAGAGCACACUUCCAAAUUUAUUUUGUGUUUGCUGUUGGUAUGACUUCAGUUCUUGGUUUGCAUACUGAUGUUUAGGACCUCUGCCUAUGUUUUGCUCAACACUGGAGACUUGGAGGUAGAUAACCCUCAGCUGUACCUGAAAACAAAUGUGUCAGUAUACACCCCUCCUAAUUGCUGUGUUUUAGCUAUUAAAGUCAUCUGAUUGUAGGUCACACUGAACUCGGUAAGAAGAGUUAAAUGUUUGAGUUAACCUCUUGCCACUUAGAAGUUUAUAUUUCCCCAUGGGCUGUUUUUUCCAGCUUUGUUCAGUCUCCGUACUGCAUUCUCAGUUUUAAGGCCUGGAGUGCUGUCAGCUUCAGGAUAAGAAAAAUGGGGCUCCAGUAGCUCUUUACAGCUUUUAAGUAUGAUUCAGUUUCUAGAGUUUUUUAAUGAUGUAGUCCUCAGGUGCUAUAAUUAAAGAAAUAGGGCAUUAAUGAAAUAAUGUUGUGGUGAUUCUGAUGAUUCAGUCUUUUCUUCUGGCAUUUAGAAAUCCAUCGGUCGUAGUUUGAUCUGUCUUCCAACAAUGGAGCCCAGGCUUUGCAAUUUCAGUUAACAUCAAGGGACUCCUGUGUGCAGGUUUAUAUGGGAAUGCAUUGUUGCCGACUCGAGUUUGGUCUCUUUUGGGAUUUUACAAAUAACCAGGGUGCUCUCAUAAAGGUCUGUAAGUGUACCUUUACCAAAGGCUGAUUAAAGCAGCACUUACUAAAUUAAAAGUUGAGUUUACUAUUACCUUUUUAUGUAUAUAUAUAUUUUUACGAUAAAAGUGAUCAGAUUAAGCACUUUGGUAAUUCCGUUGUAAUGCAUUACUUCUGUUACAUUGCCAUCAAGUAUGGUACGCAGUAUUGACAGUGGAGCCGCUUGCUGCUGGUGGCUGUGAAAAAGAAUUGUUUCCUUCCCUCCUUUGUGUACAUUCCAGCUCAUUCUUAACUGCCUUUCUGUGGCCAGAAUAAAUCUUUGUAUGGCCACUUGGUAAACAUAGACAAGAACUAGGGUAGCUGAAUGUCUUUUUUUUUUUUCUUCUUCUUCCUAGACAGGUCAGGGAUCCAUCUUGCUGUAGACCACAUGAAUGUUUCUGUUGCCACAGGCAAGAAGAGCUAGAACAAGUGGCUAAAGGGCUGUGGUAUGGCAGCCAGUUGUCCUAGCUGCAGUGGUUCUUUCACCAUGGUCUUGGUCUGGUGAAAUGGUAUUUUUGGUGAUUUUGACUAAUUUUUGUUUCACCUUAGUACAUGUAACAAAAUAGAGUAAUCAAAUAGCUGUACUCCUCUCACAUUGCAAGACGUGUUCACAUGUACUUUAUUUGAAAAAACAUGAGCUGCUCAUCGUGAGUAAACAGAGCUCUAUUCUGCAUCACCUGAAGAAUCUGAGUAAUCAGAUGUGCAUGCAACGAGCAUUACAAUAGUCCAGUUCAGAGGUAACUAAACCGGUAAUGUAGACUGUGGCUCGUUUAACUUUGCUUUCCGAGGUGAACCAGGCCAAAAUGCGUUUAAUUUUGGCUUCGCUGCUGCUAGUACUAGUUAAGUCUUCAUAGUAGAAAGAGAGGGACCCUUCUGAAAGCAGCUUGUCCCCACGGUAAGAGCUGAAACUUGCUGGACGGUAUAAAAGGAACUGUGUACAGUUACCAUAUUGCUUAACCUGGUGCAUCAGUGAGGUAAGAUGACUUGGAAACCUUGUAUAUACAACCUAAAGGAAGCAGGGGGAAGUGGGUUUUGGCAAUAUUGGAGGCUGCUUGAACUUCAGCAGAGAUAGUUUGAAAAUAAAGUCCAGUCCAAAUGAGACCAGUAGCAAAACUGGGGAAACUGGAGAUUAGGAAGCCAAAGAGAUGCAGCCAAAAGUCAGUUGCAGGGAACAAAAACAGUAUCUUUUGCUGUCAAAAGGGAAGGCUUCUGAAUUUUGCUGUGUCAAAUGUAAAAAGAACAAGGUAAGGAGGGCUAGGGUAUUUAUAGAGGAGAUAAAUGACCUGUGAAGGGGAUAAGUUGAUUUGCCAAAACAUAAAUGAAGUCAGUCAUAACCAAUUAGUCUUGCUGUUAAAACAACCAUUAAUGACCGUUACUACCUUGUAAUAAGAGCAUAAAAUUCCGUAUUAUGGGAAUUGUCUGUAUAUGCCAAGAAGGAAUACAGGAUGGCAGACUUCGGGAAGGUGUGGUUUUGAAUCCUGAAUGUUUAAUUUAAUCGGAGUUUUUUAUCAGAGGCUAUAAAGGAAAGUUAGUGAUGGUGUGAGAACUAGAUAUGGGACAAGAAAUGCAGCAUAGGAAGAAGGGUGAAUUUUCACUGUGAUGUGGUUACUGUCACUUGUAGUUCAGUGCCUAAGAAAUUAGGAAAUAAACUUAUAAACUUUUCAGAUGAUGCAGUUUACUUACUACAUUUUUGAGAUUUUAAGUUGCUGUAAGACUGGUUUAAAUUUAAACAUUGAAAGCUGAGGAUAAGAAAGGGCAGGGCUUAAUGCUCACUGUUCAGGAUGGACAGGAAUCUGGGAGGUGACAUCUCCCCAUUCUCCCCCCUCCCCCCACCCAGUUCAGUGCUGUGAUCAGUCUUAUUCAGCGUUUCCAUUGCUCUUGUGGCAUAAGAAAUGCACACAGUAAUUCCGAAGUUUUUGAGUGGCAAUGGGCUGCCUCAGGUAAUGAUACUGGUGGUGAAGAUUUCCAGAAGGACUUCUUGGAAGCUUCAAUAUAGCUGUAUGUAUUAUUAUAUGUCUGGGUGGUUGGGAAUACUCAAACUGUGAUUGCAUGAAACUGAAUUUAGGGCUGGCAGUUGCAGUGCGGAGAUAAUGAUUUUAGACAGCUGUCGGUGCUAAUUCUAAGAUCUUUCCUGUUUGCAGCAGCAGCCAAAAAAAGCCACCACCAAUGUUAUGCAUCAUCAGGGUGUUGAAAACAGGAUAGAGGGUGUUGCUGCAUGGUCCUGGAAGCUUUGGGGCACUCACAUUUGGAAUACUGCAUGCAGUUUUGGUCUCCCCAUCUUGAGGAGUGUAUGUAAUGGAGAUACAGAAGAUACAGAAGAGGUCUCUACUAAAAACAGUUAGGGAACUGAGCAGCUGUUUUGCAAGGACCGCUGGAAAGGCUGGAAUGUUUCAAUUUGGGAAUGAGAAGGCUGGAAGGUAGAUGACUGUUUACAGAGCUGGGAAAGCCAUAGAUGAGGUGAAUGUGCAGCAGUAACUCCAAAUUCUGCAGUAUUAGAGUCAGUGGCAGCAGGUGAAGUGGGUAGGUGAUUGAUUUAAAGCAGAUGGACAAUGCAGUGAGCUUCUAGAACUUGGUCCUCUGGGGAAUUGUGGAAGCAGUUAGCAUCAGUGAGUUUAAAAAGAGGUUAAACAAAUGCACAACUGAGCCACUGACAAAUACUAAAGGGAAUGGACUCUAAUGUCCCUACUCCAACAGCUGGGAAUGCUGGGAAGACACAAAAGGUAUGCACGGUAGGCUUAUAUCGUCUCUCUUGAUAACACUUGCUGUUGCCGGGGCGGAGGUAGUGUUAGAUGGAUUGUUCGUCAGACCUAGAAGGGCAAUUUUUAUGUCGCAGUUAUGAGCAUGAGGAAGAACAUUCCUAAAAUGAGCAAGGAAAGGAUGGUAAACCAUACUGAAGUAUACCGAGUAUCCCCUUCCUUGGGAUGUUGUUCUGUACAUUUUGUCAACAAGCAUUCUACUAGAAAUGUGACAGUUGCUUCAAAAUUACUGAUGUGCUGCUUAGCUGUGGCAAUGAUGAGGAAGGUCAGCUACGACUUGGAAAAUACUGCUGCACAGAACAUGCUCUGCUAAACCAGCUAUUCAGAAGCAUCGAGUCUCCUUUUUAAAGGACUUAACGAAGAAUCUUUCAAACUCUAGCUCGUAAGUGACUUGGAGGAUCAAAAUUUAGUUCAGGUGAAUAAAAAGAUUUGAAAAGGAAAAUGAGUUUAUGGACAAACGAAAAGUUUACUAUUUUGCAUACUGUAACCAUUGUCCAUUACAGCUUCAGGUUUGUUUUAUUCAGGCUCAUGCAUGUUAGCUUAAUUACCUUAUAGAAUAUUGCUUAUUGGUGUGUGGCAUGAAGCAGAAAGCUGACUUCCAGACACCAGGUUCUUGGAAGUUAAUUGAAUUAUGACUUUAAAUUACUGUUCCAGGGGAAAAAACAAGCCAGACAUAGCAUGGUGCCCUAGUUCAUUACAUGAUUUUGCUAGUCUUUUCUAAACCUAUUAAAACCACUCUAUAUAUUCUUUGAUUUGACUCAAGUACAAAGGGGGGGGGGGGAGGGGGGGGAAAUCUGGGUUGUCCUGGUUUAGGUCUUUACCAGCUUUAGUUAACUCAACAACCCGCUUCCAAAUUAUGUUGGGUGCCAGAGUUCAGCCAACCUGAAUGUAAAUAUUUCUGUCUCUAAAGCAGGCAUAUGGCUGCAGGAAAUAAAAUCCUGUACUAAUAAACCUAAUAGUUUCUUAUCUCAUGAUCACUGUAACAUUUCAAAUUAAAGGGAUAACAGUAAACAAAGGUAAGUGGAGGUGGGUAGAAUUACAGUGUUGGUUUGUACUGUCUGUGCUUGUAACUUUUUCUUUCUUUGGAAUGGCUAAUUUUUAGCCUCACGGCUUCUGAUAACUGCAGUGAUACUAAAGGUGAUUUUUCUCCUUAGUUCUUGAAUUUCCAGUGAAAGUACAUGAAGUCUAGCCAACCAUGAAGUAUUCAUGGAGAAAAAAAAAUCUUCCAGGCUAAAACCCUCCUUCCAGUACAGUAGAAAUGGUUUUGGAGAUUAUGGUUUCUUUGGUAAUGCCAUAAAGUAGUCAUCUGAAUUUGAAAAACACAAGUUAAAUAUGCAUUGUGAAAGUAUACCUCAGUUCCGAAAGCUAGCUGUGAGAGCUCAUUAAACUUGCUCAUUCAGUGUUGCUCAUUGUACAUCUGUGUCACUGUGAAUGUGUUAUCUUCAUGGGGCUAACUAAGCUAUCAGAGCAAAAAUCUCUUGAAAAAUUGCUGUUCAAAUUGAGGUUUUUAUACUGUGAUAUAGUACUGAGUGAGUUUCAGAUGUCACAGUGCUGAAUGAAGUUUAGUGUAUUU